AAUCAGAUAUUAUGGUGCAAUUAAUUUCCAAGACCACGGCAAAUAGUCGUAACAGUUUUAUACCGCAGACAUUACGUCGCACGUAUUAUUGUAUAUUCAUAUUAUUUUUUUCUAUUAUCGUCCGACAAUCGUCUAUACUAUUCCAUAGUCGGGGGAAGUAUUCAAGAGAGUGAGGAGGUGGGAUCGAGGAACACGUAGAUUUGAAAGGUUUCCUACGGUAUUGGUCACCGCGGCGCCGAUCACGUUUCCGCCUACUAGUAGAAUCACAGUUCAGUAUGUCAUAUAUUUUAAAUCGGUGGCGGUGAAUGGUUAUCAACCACAUAUAGUGCGUUUUUAGUUUCCUAAUAAUUAAAGAAGCCAGAAAAUCUGUGCAUCGUAAACACCUGUAACUUCAUUUACAACAAUAGUCAAUCAUCCUACAUCAACUUUAGUCCAUCGGUUUGAUCUGGCGGCGAGGGUAUCACACCGAUGAUGGCAACUGAAAGCACGCCGUUGACCAAUACUGAUGACGUCACACCGGUAUCAGGUUCCGAGUACAUAUCGCUGUCGAAACAUGAAACUGACCACACUCCGCCGUGCCUAAAACCAAGAUGUUGCGUGUACGCCGCACUCCUGUCGUUGAUAUUAAUGGCCGUUAUAUUAGGCACGUCAUAUUACGUGGACCGGAGUCAAGGUGACUCGACAGUUAUUCAACCGGCCCAGACGGCGACGGUGGACACAUUGUUGCAGCUCAGAUGGCCCUUACAAACAGAUGAGGGAAUAACGGCGACAUCAAUUAUUCAGAGGACAAUCGUUAUAAAUGCGACCGGGGACGACUUAAUGUCCGUGGCGGAGGGAGGCUACAAAAGUUUGAAAGCCAAAGAGGAUUUGGAAAAAAACUUUCCGACAAUUGAUGGCGGGACUCCAUCAUACCGCCAUCAGCAAGUGAUGAAGUCCGGCCCCGAAUCGAUAAGAAUCGCGCGGAACGGUUACGUCGAAAACAUUGCGACUGAAAAAUUGAGGCUGCUGUUAAACGUCACGAAAAACCAAGACGUUACGAUAUUGGCCGAAAACGUGACCGUUUUCAACAACACUGAGUGCAUGAGUCCCGAACCAGUAAUUUGUCCGCUCCAAAGCCGUUACCGGACGGUAGAAGGCAUUUGUAACAACAUCUUUGAGCCGCUCAGGGGUGCAGCGCUAAUGCCAUUCCGCAGAGUGUUGCCGGCCGACUAUGCAGACGGUGUAUGGAAACCGAGGAAAGCGAUAGACGGUUCGGAGUUGCCGUCAGCCAAACAAGUCAGUGAAAAUGUCCAUCGACAGUCAUACGAAGAAGAUCACGAUUUCACCGUCAUGCUGGCAGUUUGGGGUCAAUUUAUGGAUCACGAUAUAACCGCCACUGCGCUGAGUCGAGGACAUAAUGGAACUGCUAUUUCGUGCUGCAAAUCGGUGAAUGAAAGUGUUACACAUCCCGAAUGUUUUCCAGUGAUUGUACACGAAGAUAAGAAAGAGUGUGGCAAAUGCAUGGAGUUUGUACGAUCUUCUCCGGCGUCUACUUGCGGUUUUGGACCCAGGGAACAAUUGAACCAAGCAAGCUCGUAUCUAGAUGGUUCAUCUGUAUACGGUAACACGCGCAAACUGCAAAAUGACCUAAGAUCAUGGACCGGCGGACGUAUGAAAGUAUUUAUAAAUGAAUAUGGUGAACAAUUAUUGCCACCGAAUAAAGAUCCAUUGGAUGGAUGCAACGAAGAAGCGGAAAUGAAAAAAGGCCGUUACUGCUUUUUGUCCGGAGAUGCCAGGGCGAAUGAAAACAUGCACCUUACAACUCUCCAUUUAAUCAUGGUACGCCAGCAUAACAAGAUUGCCGAUCGAUUGUCGUCCUUAAAUCCACACUGGGACGACGAACACAUUUUUCAAGAAACCCGACACAUAGUCACCGCUCAGAUUCAACACAUAACGUACAACGAAUUUCUACCAGUAUUGCUCGGUGACAGUCUUAUGAAACGAUUGGAUUUAUACUCUCAACAAACAGGUCAUUGGAAUGGUUAUAAUUCUUCAAUGGAUCCAACCAUCAGCAAUAACUUUGCCACCGCGGCCUUCCGAUUUGCCCACACGCUAAUACCGAGCAUGAUGAAGUUUCUUAGGGACAACAACAGCAAUCCCGAAUUCGUCGAAAUGAGGAAAAUGCUAUUCAAUCCGUAUAGAUUGUACACAUGUGGUGGCGUUGAUAGCGUCAUUCGUGGAGCGAUGAACACGAGUGCCGGGAAAUCUGAUGCCUUUUUCACACCCGAAGUUACUAGACAUCUGUUCGAGAAGAACGACAGAUCGAGAACCGCCAGAAGACAAUGUGGAUUGGAUUUAGUCGCACUGAACAUACAGAGGGGCCGAGAUCACGGACUUCCGGCAUACCCACGGUGGCGUGAAACGUGUGGAUUUCCAAGGCCACGGAGCUUCAACGAUUUAGAAGGUCACGUCGAACCGACAACACUGCAAAGAAUAUCAAAACUGUACAAAUCGAUUGAUGACUUGGACCUGUACACCGGGCUGCUUUCAGAAAAGCCACUGGAAGGAAGCAUCUUGGGGCCGACAAUCACAUGCCUGUUGGCCGAUCAAUUUUUGCGGGUGAAAUCGGGGGACCGUUAUUGGUACGAGACAAACGAAAAACCUCAAGCGUUUAACGAAGAUCAACUGUCAGAGAUCCGAAAAACCACGUUUGCGGCAAUAAUUUGCGACAAUUCCGACGAAAUUGAAUCCAUUCAACUGCACGUGAUGCACAGCAACCGGAAAGUCGGAAACGGCAGAGUUAGCUGCGACAGUUUAAUAAAAACGUCUCUCGACCCGUGGAAAGAAGAAUACGACACAACCGUUACUGCAUCCCCUCAGAGCCUGACCACCGCCUCUUAGGACCCGUCCGCCAUCGCCACGAUGUCGUCACGAUCAGUAAUAAUAAUAAUAAUAAUAAUAACAGAUCGCAGUCAGCCAACGUCAAAUCGGCGAUAGUCGAAUUCACUACUGCAAAUCGAUGCCACAUGUGAAAACAUACAUUUAUUUCAAGUCGAGUAGCGCAAAAAUAAUUUUUAAAAAACCUACUUUAAUCAUUUUAUUAUACUAUACCUAUAGAUAUUAUCUGUAUAAAUACGUAGGAACUAGCAGCAUAUACGACACAGAGUUUCGUGAUUGUAAUAUUUUAUUUUUACUAUUGUCUAUACUCAACAAAGCUUUUCCCUGCCACAGCUUGCGUGAGCUUAGCUUCCUCAAAACAAUAUUUUUAACUUAGUUUUCUUAAUAGUUAUGUGCAUAUAAAAGUAGUAUUUUUAAGAAAAAAUAUUAUAUUCAUAUAAAAUGUCAAAAUCAAUAGUAUAAUUAUUACUGAUUAGUGAUGACUGAUGAACGAUGACUAUUGUAUUUUACGGAAACCAACUUAUUUAAUCUUGGAACGAUAUCAACUUAAUAUAAAACCCGCUAAUAAAUUACCAGUAGACUUCGCAGAGAUUGCUAAUCUGCUAGUAAAACAAUAACUUGUUCACAAGAAAAAAAAAUUUAAAAAGAAAUAUUAUUAACUUAAAGAACAGCAACUGUUUAUUACGGGUUUCACCAACCUUUACUAACAAGUGACCUACAUUUGAAAUUAGUAAUCCCUAGUAAUCGACAUUCAGGAAAAUUUAGGUCUUUAAGAAAAUAUUUGUUGUUUGAUGAACAAAAAAAAAGGUCUAAGCUCCAAAGAAUAAUUAUCGAAAUUAAAAAUUUUAAAAUUUAAAUUAUAAUGGUAAAAUUAAUUUUAAUAACGAUCGACCUAUAUUCCUAGAAAGAUCAACCAGUCUUUGGCGAUCCUUAGUUUAUUAUAUGUAUUAUGUUAUGAUUAAAACUUAAAGAGGAUGUCACACUCUCGUGUGUUGUAUCAACGGUCUUAAUUAAUGUACAACAUAUUUUAUUGAUUAACACAUUUUCGUUAAGCGGUGCCAAUUUUGUGAACGUAGUUGGCUUUAAUAUUAAGAGUAAAUUAUUAACCCAUUAUUAUCAAACGUAAAGUUAAAAACAUACUCUGAGGUUUGUUGGGUAUUUUAUUUCGAUGUUAAAUAUGUUUUAAUUUCCAAGCGAGUUAUAAUAGCAUUAAACUAUAAUACAUUUUAAAAUGUUCAUAAUUCGCUUCCUCAUUAUUAUAAGUACCUAAAGUACCUUUAAAUUUGAUAAUAAAAUGUAUGUAUUCUAUAUAUUAUAUACAUGGAACGAUAAUAAAUAUACUUUAAUACACUCUUAAUAUCAGAACUCACAAAGCUAAAAUAAUAUGAGAACUGCUGAACGUAAUUAUUUUACUAUAUUAUACCUACGUAUGCACCGUUUGGAAAACGGAGACAACAUAUCAAAUUUGCGUUCAGCAUUUCCAAUUUUUUUUUUGUAGUUGGCUUUGAUGUUAAAGUUAAUUAUCAAACUUAAAGGCUAGAAAAUUAUCUACAAUCUCCCGUUGGGAUUUCUACAGACGAGUUAUGAACAUUUUUAAAUUAUACUAUUUUACAUACUAAUAACUUGCUUGGCGCUUAUAAUUUAAAAUAUCAUAAAAAAAUAAAACCACUGAGAAAUAAUAGUUUUAUCUGUGUGUGUAUUAAUAAGUAGAUUCGCUUUAAUAUAUUCAAGCUAACUACACAAAAUUGGAACUGUUGAACGCGAAUAUAUCUAUGUUUUGUGUUUAUAAGAUUGCGACACGCCAACACUUGAGAGAGUAACUUUCUAAAUAAUGAUACAUUAAUUAUUGAUAUUAGUAAUAUUUAUAAUUACAUAGGCGUAAAUAAUUUAUUAUAUAUUGUAUAAUAUAAGAAUUAAUAGAUAACAGUGAGCAUGGUGUUUUUAUUAAAAAAUUUUAUACAAAAGAUUCAGUUAAGGCGUGGGGACUUUGCCCACACGUAACUCUAUACAGUAUUGAAUAUUUAAGCUCCACUAAAAAAACAAUAUGUAUACAUAUUUGCUAGGAUCACUGCUUAUAUGAUAUAGUUAGGUACUCACUUCGAUUUCCAAGCGGACACGAUUCGAAGACUUUAUAUAAUACGUGUAAGUACUUAUAUCCAAUGUUAUAUUGUUUUAUGAUAAUUGGGAAAGUCUAAAAAAACCAUUUCGUCGUAAUUGAUAUUAUACGAUAACAAUAAAUUAUAAGACAUAUUUUAUGGUAUGCGCCUGCUAUUAUAUUAUGGUUGUAAUAUAUAAUAUGAACGUUACAAAAA